UGUUUUGCCGAGAGGCGACGACGGCCACGUCGCCCCGGAAGCACAAUCCCUGGGAAAGUGCCCGCGGCUCUAUCGCUAUCCACGUCAUCGAUCCGCAUCGAGACGCAUCCGCGAACGGCUUAGAUCGUCGCUUCAGCUGGUUGCAGAUGAAGGCAGGAGGGGUUGCGGCGGCGGCGGAGGAGGAGAGGGAGGUGGAGGCGGCGAAGAAGCAGCAGAAGGAGGCGGAGAUCAAGACGGCCAACGGCAAAGCCGAGGUCAAGGUCCACGACGUCGAUGAAGACGGGGAGGAACCGGAGGAUGUCGUGAAUCUGGAUGAUGCCGACGACCGCAGUGUUGACCGAGAUGAAGAUGAGUACGACGGGGAGGAAGAUGGCGGCGAAGACGACGACGACGAUGACGACGACGAUGAAAGCGACGAGGAAGACGAAGAAGAGGAAGAAUUAGGAACUGAAUAUCUCGUGCGGCCGGUUGGUCGCGCCGAAGAUGAGGAAGAUGCGAGUGAUUUUGAGCCAGCCGAAGAAACAGAAGAUGAGGAUGAGGACAUUGUCGAAGAUGAUAAUUCGGAUUUUGGAGGCAGUGGUUCUGUGAAGCAUGCCACAUCCUCAAAGAGGAAAAGAUCCACAAAGGAUGGUUCAAACGACGAUACCGAUGAUGGCGAUGAGAGGCCGCCGAAGUUAUAGUGCACCUACCUCUACCAUUUGAGCCUGGCUUUAGGGCAAUGGACAAUAAACAUGCUUUACUUGUGUCUUAGUAUUUCAGUUUAGUUUGACCAUAACUGCUCUGUCUCAUGGCCAUGGUUAUCUAUUGAUUUUUGAGAAUUAUGGUUUAUCAAAAUUUUCAAAAAUUGAUUACCGAAAUGCAAAAAAAAAAAAAAAUAUUCUAUUUCUUCAUA